UUGCAAUAUCAACUGCAACCUUCAAAUUUCUUCUAGUAAUAACACACAGGAGAGAAAAUUUUCUUUUCUCAAUUACAGCCCCACACUUGCUUCCUUUGUCGUUUCGAGUUUCUUGUGUAUUCAGUUUUUCUUUAACCUCAUAUUUUAAAUCUUCAUAACUCGUGUCGUUCUGGGUACAAAGAAAUUUUGACAAAUCAGCUCUUUUUCUCAUUUGGGUGGUGAAUACCUUUUCUGGGCUUGCAGUAUUUUUGUUCCUUGAGGGUGCAAUGAACGCAUUAGAGUCAGGUCAUUUCAACGAGGAAGUAGAAGAGAAUAGAGUGAAGCUAGCCAUUGAGGAUGCUGUAAAAGUCCUUUUGCAGGGGUUGGGUGAAGAUAUCAAUAGGGAAGGUAUCCGCAAAACUCCUUCUCGGGUCGCCAAGGCUCUUCGAGAAGCCACAAAAGGUUAUAAACAACACGUGAACGAUGUUGUUCAUGGUGCUUUAUUCCCUGAAGCUGGGUUGGGAGGUGGAUGUGGUCAAGCUGGAGGAGCAGGUGGGCUUGUGAUUGUUCGUGAUCUUGAUCUCUUCUCCUACUGUGAGUCUUGCCUUCUUCCAUUCCAGGUUAGGUGUCAAGUUGGUUAUGUCCCAUCUGGCCAAAGGGUUGUAGGACUAAGCAAGCUCUCUCGUGUUGCUGAUAUCUUUGCGAAACGGCUCCAAGCUCCACAGCGUCUUGCUGACGAAAUUUGCACUGCCUUGCAGCACGGAAUCAAGCCAACAGGUGUUGCUGUGGUCUUGCAGUGUUUGCACAUUCAUUUUCCAAAUUCUGAAUCAGCCUUCCUCGACACGUCUCACCAAAGUUGGGUGAAGAUGCUAGUUAGCUCUGGUUCUGGUGUUUUUAAGGAUGAGAAGGCGGACAUUUGGACUGAUCUUUUAAGUCUUCUGAAUUUCAGAGGUAUAAGCAAAGAAAACACCAAUCCUGGUGUGUUUGACCAAUCAUGGUGCCCAUCUCAGUGUUGCAACAAGUUGGAACAAUCAAAUUCAGCUAUGACCAAUGCAGUGGUUUCAAUACUAAAGUCUUUGGGGGAAGACCCGUCGAGGAAAGAGCUUGUUGGUACUCCAUAUCGUUUCUUGAAGUGGUUGAUGAACUUUAGAAACUCUAAUAUGGAGAAUGGCUUUCUUCAAAGUAGAAUUAAUAGUCCAAGUCCCAAGGACUUUAUCUGUUCUGAGCUCAAUUUACCAUUCUGGUCCCAAUGUGAACAUCAUUUACUUCCUUUUCAAGGUGUUGUGCAUAUAGGUUAUUUCUCUUCAAAUGGACUUAAUUCCGUUGGAAGAAGCAAAUUGCAGUCAAUUGUACAUUUUUAUGGCUUCAAACUCCAAGUACAGGAGAGGCUUACCAGGCAGAUAGCCGAGACCACUUCAUCCCUUUUAGGGGAAGAUAUAAUAGUAGUGGUAGAAGCAAGUCACACAUGCAUGAUAUCUAGAGGAAUUGAGAAGUUUGGAAGCAGUACAGCUACAAUUGCUGUUUUGGGUCGAUUUUCCACUGACCCUGCGACAAGGGCAAAGUUUUUAAAGAGCCUUCCAAGCUUUUCUUCUGCAUGAAAAUGAUGUCUUAUUCUGCACAAGGAAAUAUAUAGGCUGCACCAAGCAAAUCAGAGAAUGUCAGUAUAAAAUCAUGAGCAGCAAAUAUUUUUAUUCAUUUUUCGUACGUGUAUUUGUAACAUAAAACAAGGGCUCACAGCAACCUUUAUGCUUGCCCUUGAUUUGCAGUGUGUCAUACUUGGCACCUUGGCGCUGUGUGCGCGCGCGCGUGUGUGAGUUUGUUGUUAGAUUAAUAGAAGGAAAUAAUUAUUGUUUUUUUACGGAGAUGAGUUUUCACAUAACGAUAUAUCAAUAGAUUAUAAUUGUAUUCA